AUGAGCGAGGAUGCGUCCUUGGUUUCAACAAAGCUCUACCCAAAGACCGGCGACUGGGAAAACGGCAUGUGGCUGAUCCUGAGAGACAUCAAAGCCCACGAAGGACGAGCUUCUCGAAGUGUCGUGAUCACGUCUUUGGCCAUCGGCCAAGGCGGAAUCACACCCGAGGCAGCUAAGAAUGACGAGAGGAUGCAGCUACUCUACGGAAACGAUCUGCGCGAGCUUUCCAAACUUGGUGUACCUUUUGUGAUGGCCGCAGGUAACGAUGCCGAGAAACCGAAUCGUGGAGAUGUUGAUCAGAUUCCAAUGGUUCUCCAAGAUGACGAUAUUCCACUGAUCAUCGUCGGAGCUUCAGACUGGGAGGGCAAGCGAGCCGCUUUCUCACAAGGUGGUCCACUCGUCACGAUCUAUGCGCCGGGCGUCGACAUCGAAUGCCAGAACAAGGAGGACAAGAUAAAGGCAACUGCAAGUGGCACCUCUCUAGGUGAGUAG